GUUUCGCACGAGCCCGGAUCCAGACUUUAGUCUAGUCACAUUGAAGCUUUGCUUCGCUCCGCCCCCGGCUUGUUUGUAUAUGAGCGGUGACCGAAAAGCGUGAAGCAGUUUUUCGUGAUGUUCCUGAUGCGGAGGUUGGAGUUGUAUGUGGUCUGCGUUUGGAUAGCGUACGCUUUUUGUUGACUCGGAUUAGGAAGGAUUGUAAUAUCUUCAAUCUCUGGGAUUGUCAAUUACUUUUUGCUGUUGCCGACUGCGGUGCGACGCACUCGGCGGAUUCAAACAGAGGAAUGGUAGACCGCAUGAUGGCAAUGAACCAUGGACGCUUCCCAGAUGCUGGUAAUGGUCUCCAGCAUCAGCACUCGUCCGCGCGCAGGAUGGGAAUGGGACAGUUUUCCAACGCGCUUCAACAGCAACCACAUCAGCAGCAACAGCAGUACGUCAUGAUGGGAGACCACAUGCAUUACGCGGGAGGGAAUGUAAACACGAACCACGCGAUCCGACAUUCUGGGAAUAAUAUAAACGGAGGGAUCCCCAAUGGCAACUUGCCUGCCCGCUUUAACUCCCAGUUUGUUGGAACCGCUGCAAGCAACCAAGCGCAGCAGCUGGCUGCGAGCAUGCAGCUGCAAAAGCUAAACACACCUUACUACGCACACCACACGCAUCCUUCCCAUCAUCACCAUUACAUGCAUGAACUGCACCCAGCCGGUCACCAGUUAAACGGGACAGGACAACAGUACAGAGACGGUAACGUUAAGCAGAACGCUGGCGUGCCUCUGUCUGGCCACCACAUGCCUGCAGCAAUACUGCCCCCCAACGUUAUCGACACGGAUUUUAUUGACGAGGAGGUCUUGAUGUCACUGGUGAUAGAAAUGGGCUUGGACAGAAUAAAGGAACUGCCAGAGCUGUGGCUGGGACAGAACGAAUUUGAUUUUAUGACAGACUUUGUUUGUAAGCAACAGCCCAGCCGAGUGAGUUGUUAGUAUCACUUAAUAGUACCUUUUUGGUUCUUUCUUUUUUUGUCUGCUUUUUUCCCUAUUUCCUCAGAUCAGAUAAACCCACAAUACACAGCAUUCAUGGAAGUAAAUUGUUCCACGAAGUAAACUUUUAUCGUCUGUCUGUGUGUAGUUAUGUAAGAUGGGUUUGGUUUUGCAUGAGGAUUGUUCGGACACCUGAGAGUCAUCCUAUGCAUAAGCAGGGCCUGGAGAGAGAAGCAAAGGAACCCUGGAGAUAUCCGUUUAGUUUUAGUGUAGCAAAGUAAACAGACUAAAGUUCCUCUACAUGUAUGUUUUGCUCACGAGAGACCUCCAGUGCUAUCAGAUGUCAGUGAAUGCAUAUUCUAAAUAAUGUCGGUGGUGAUGUGACAUGAUUGUAGAUAAUAGUGUGUAAUUGUCUCAAUCAGCAAUGUACUAUAGACUUUAGUGGCCAUAUUUACCAGAUUCCUGUGCUGCUCGUAGAUUCACUGAAUUUUGAGCGGAUGCUUCAAGGUGUUCUUCUCUCCACCCACGUUGCCUCCAUGAUGCUUGUGUGUCUAUCGAACAUCUAUUGAAGUGACAUGAAUGUGUGUGUAUGUGCAUUUGCGGGCUACUUCAUAUGCUUAAUCGAAUACAAAAACGUAGGGGGACAUCUAUGGAAAAGUCCAGGGAAAACAUCUCAACAAUGAAUGUCAUAGCCUGGAAUAUUUGGGAAGGAACGGACUGUGGAGAAGUAUCCCAACACAGAAGAUUUUCAUCUUCAAUAGUUUCCAGAAAUGAUAGACCACUGUGCUUAUUAUAGUAUGCGGUACAUGGCAAUACUACUGUGUUGAGGCUUUCUAGGAAAGUUUUACAGUAUUUUUGUAUAUUUUUAGAAGAAAAUGUUAAUUUAUUAUAUUUUAAUUUGCAAACAUGAAUAAAGCACCAGAGGCUCA